ACCUCAGCUGCACAAGACUUGCGCCACGGCAUGGUUGCAAGAGAUCUCCUCUCUCUUGGUUAUAAUAUGAUCCCCCGAGAUCCGUAUAGGGUCAUCCGGGCUUCUGCACCCUCCCUCUCUUCCUCCCAGUAGAGUUGCAACCUCCCCCGCAGCUCCGCUCCUCGCCAUGCCGGUUUACAUGCUCUAUGGCUUCCGGUGGCCACGGGCUGGCUUCACAGGCAUCCGCGUUUACAUUGUCCUACACAAUUUAGAAGAUGCGACAGCCGAGUACAUCCAGAGACCAAUCACUACCCACUUACUCCUUGAAUCCUUCAAAAAUACCGAACCCAAUAUUGUCUCCAAUCUCCCUGAAUUGAGCUUUAUCGAACAGUAUGAUCCCGAAGAUGAAACUGAUGAGGCAGUGAGCAAACCCUAUGCGUAUGUUGGCGCAAAAGUGAUUAGUAUCCCUGAUGCAGACACCGCGAGUCCCGGCUCUUACUGGAACGCGGAUCUCUUCCAGGAGAAUCCGUUGGAUACGAGUGCUGCAAAGGCGUUGGCUGAGAUGCGGGACAAGUAUGCGGCUGGUGAGAGGAUUGGCUGGUGGAUUGUAUACAAUGGGGACCCUGAAAGAUACUACCCCCAUAGCGAAGGAGAAGAGGAUAGUAUCAUGGAAGAAGAUGAUGAUGACUACGAUGAUAACGAAUAUGAUCGUGAUGAAUAUGUGAGCGAACCACCAUCAACCCCCUCGACACCAACGGUGCGUUUACCCGAAAGAUUGACGCGAUUCUUUACCAAAAGAUCUACGUGAUGGCUAUAUGAAUUAUGUCGGAUUUUAAGAUUUUAGAAAGGGAAGGGGGGGAGGGGUUCAAGGUUUCGUCAACAAGCUUGCUUUUGGUGUUUGCGGGUGUCACAGUCUCAGGAUAUUACGGUGGGUUGGAUGUUUGUAUCUGUUUUAAUUAUGAUGACUCUUUUCGUUCCAAUAACCAAAUACUACCUUUCAGCUGGAGCCAUAUCCCUUCUGCCAACUGGCG